GUUCAGGAGCAGAAUGAGAAGGUCAAGCGUGUGCGUGGCGAGCUGCAGGAAGCCGACAGGGUUUACAAAGAAGCGGUCCAGAAGCUGACUGCAGAUUCGAAGGUCGUGCCCAACGUCGAGACGGCCAAGCUCAAGCUCGAGGAUUUGCUGUCUGGCUCUGUGGAUAUCGGCUCCAUCAUCAGUUGUGACAUUCCCGAGGACUUCGGCGAUGAUGACGAGCUCGAGUUGUCGGCGGAAGAUCGCGAGGAGAUGCAGAAGCACACGGCUCUCUUGUCUCAAGGCAUUGCGGACAUGGCCAAGACGCUGUUCCAGCAGGCAGUUGGCGUGAAGAUGGGCUUCAUGAAGCUGGUGGGGGAGUCGGCGGUGCUGAGGCCACUGCAGCAGCUUCUCCAGGCGGAGAAGGGGAUCCUUCCCCGACGGCUGGGUGCAGCCAGCAGGUGCCAGUUGAUGCGCCGCCAGCAGAUAUUCGUGCGCGUGCUGAUGCUGCUCUUCAUGCCAGUGAGUCAGCUGGAGAUUGCCACUGGCAACGGGAACUCUUGGGGCACAUUCUACAAGUUUCUGGAGUCGACGUCGGCCCACGUUGUCAUUGGCCAAGAGCACCGCCUCAGAGCCUCAGACAUCGACCAGAAGUCGGAAAUUUGUAAGAAGGCUGGUUUCAAGACUGUUUGGGCGCCUGGUGUGCUCGGUGAAG